ACCUAGUCUGCGCACCAGUAUAUUUGAUUCUUCAAGAAAACUGUCUUAAAUACUUUUAUUCGAAAGAGAGUAACUUUUUUUUCGAAUAAUAUAUUACAAGUCUUACUCAGUACGCAACGCCGCUACCUGAAGUGGAUUCUCACACGAAAGGAAAUUAAUCUGCACUAUGUCUUCAACUCCUUCUAAUGACUAUGUGGCCCAGGAUGCUCUAAAGAUUCAAGACAUUCCUCAAGGAAAACUUGCUCAACAGGGCAUGCAACCGUCUUUUGCCACAGAACUGAGUCUGGAUACUAUUGAACAUGGCUUCUAUGGGUCUAUGAUGAACGGCUUGGGCUCCAUUGCUGGAACACUUGGAUCGGUCCCUUGUAUCGUAUGCUGUCCAAAUCCUUAUAAGCGAAUUGAUCAAGGCUAUGUCGGUCUCAUCAGCCGCUUUGGAAAAUUCUACAAGUGCUCUGAUCCUGGUUUGAUCAAGAUAAAUCCCUUCACAGAACGUAUUGACCGAAUUGAUGUCAAAAUUCAAAUUCAAGAAAUUACUCGCCAAAUUAUUAUGACAAAGGACAAUGUCAAUGUCUCUUUGGAUGCUGUUCUCUACUGGCAUAUCAUCGAUCCCUACCAAGCGACGUUCGGAGUUACUGAUGUUCAAAAGUGCCUGAUCGAAAGAACAAGAACGACCCUGCGUCAUGUUUUGGGCUCUCGAGUCCUUCAAGAUUGUAUUGAAAACAGAGAAGCCAUUGCCAGCGAGAUUGAAGACAUCAUUGGCCCAGCUGCAAAGCUAUGGGGUGUCAAGAUCGAAUCGAUAUUAAUCAAAGAUCUAUCCUUCUCGAGAGAACUUCAGGAGUCACUAUCCUCAGCUGCUCAAGCGAAGCGAAUUGGUGAAUCCAAGGUCAUUGCUGCCAAAGCCGAAGUCGAUUCUGCAAAACUUAUGAGAGAAGCUGCUGAUAUCCUCAAUACACAAUCUGCUAUGCAAAUAAGAUAUCUUGAGACUCUGAACGGAAUGGCCAAAGCCCCACACACGAAGAUCGUCUUUUUACCAAGCUCUGGGAACAACCAGCCUGUCGAUGCCUCACAGUCAGUUAUUUACGACUUGAUGAGUCAAAGAGCAUAAACCUUUGGAAUACUUCAGCUGGUGAUAAUAAUUUUGUGUAGUCCUAUUUAAGCUUCUUUAUCCUAUAUUUUUAAAACCUAAAGUACUCCUCAUUUUUAAAGUAAGCCAUUGCAGUUGCGUGCACUGGCCACACUGUACCAGGUUCAUGUAAUGACAAUAAACUCUAUUCACACUUUGUCGUGCGAUGCAAUA